CAGACAGUGUUCGAUCGCAUUCAAUUUAAAAUUUCGAAUUUUUAAACGCGCUCUAUUUUUUAAUUUGAACUUCUGUUGUUUUAUUUUGUUUUUUAACAUGGCGUGUCCAAUGAGGUCAGCGAUAGACGAGAUCGGGCAGGAAGGCGACCACCUUGGUAACGAGGCGGGCAUGCUGUACGGAGAGUAUCUGAUGCUGGACAAGCUGCUCAAUGCUCAGAGGAUGCUCAGCGCCGACUCGUCCAAUCCGGUGCACGAUGAGCACUUGUUUAUUGUCACACAUCAAGCCUACGAGCUCUGGUUCAAGCAGAUCAUAUUCGAGGUGGACUCCGUCCGGUCGCUGCUCGAUGUGGAGGGCCUGGACGAGAGCCACACCAUGGAGAUCCUCAAGAGACUGAACAGGAUUGUGCUCAUCCUGAAGCUUCUGGUAGACCAGGUGAUGAUCCUGGAGACGAUGACCCCGCUCGAUUUCAUGGACUUCAGGAACUACCUGCGGCCAGCUUCGGGCUUCCAGAGCUUACAAUUCAGGCUCUUAGAGAACAAGCUCGGCCUCAAGCAAGCCCUCCGCGUAAAGUACAACCAAAACUACCAGACUGUGUUUGGAGACGACCCAGCGGCCAUGGAGGCUCUGCACAAAUCAGAAGAAGAACCGGCCCUCCUGGCCCUGAUAGAGCGGUGGUUGGAACGCACGCCGGGCCUGAACGCUCACGGGUUCAACUUCUGGGGCAAGUUCCAAGCGGCUGUGGACAAGACCAUUAAAGAAGACAUCGACAUUGCUUUGCGCGAGCCAAACGAGACAAUUCGCCGUCACCGCAUGCAAGAUGCCGAGAACCGACGCGAGAUAUACCGGUCUAUAUUCGACCCUGAGGUGCACGACGCUUUGCGGUCCCGAGGAGAGAGGAGGCUGUCCCACAAGGCUCUGCAAGGCGCCAUCAUGAUCACCAUCUACCGCGACGAGCCGCGGUUUUCACAGCCACACCAGCUGCUAACGCUGCUCAUGGACAUCGACAGCCUUAUCACCAAGUGGCGCUACAACCACGUGAUCAUGGUGCAGCGCAUGAUCGGCUCGCAGCAGCUUGGCACCGGCGGCUCCUCCGGCUACCAGUACCUACGCUCCACCCUCAGUGAUCGCUACAAAGUGUUCCUGGAUCUCUUCAACCUGUCCACGUUCCUGCUCCCACGCUCGCAGAUCCCACCUCUGGACGACGGGAUGAAGAAGAGCCUCAAUCUCAUGUGGGGGGACAACGUGAAAGAACCCCAGAACGGUUCCAGCCACGAGAAUGGAUUGGAAGCCUCUUUAUAAUAGAAGGAUUGCAUUUUGAUUUUUUGGGAUAAGAAAUGUCACUCACAAAUUUUGGAAAAAUUACAUUAAUAUUUUUUUACAUAAUAAUUGCAAUGAUAGAAAUGUUAGGUAGAUAUUUUGGUGAAAAAAAAAAAUUUUUUUUUAAUGAAAUUAAUGAUUCUUUUUUAUUGUAAGUCUUGUUGGUAAUAAGUGAUUUAGGUAUAGCCUGACCAGGAACAUAAAAACCCUCGCCAUGUUGCGGAAAAUUAAUGGUACUAAUUUCUUUUAAU